UGAUUUAAAUUGCACAUGUGAUCAUUUGACUCCAUUCUGUGCACGGUUACGAUACCAUCAUUCGUCCGUGACAAUGGGGCGCUUUUGCACGUGGGGUAGGUGUGGUGUCAUCUUUUUGCACGCGAAAGUGUUGAAAUGCGAUGUGAUUCUCAUUUUAUUUCAAUUUCCCCAUGUUAGGUAGUUUUAUACACCAGGAAAACAUAACAUUAAUUAGAAAAACGAUAUGGUUCGUAUGAAUACUCACGAGCGCAAUGUUGCAAGCCAGUCGGUCAUCAAGACGUGCUGGACAAAAUGGAGAAAAAAUCAGAUACUAUCAACACGACAGUCAAAAGUCUGCCGUCUAUGCAGGCGUUUCCUCGGGAAACAGGCACAACAAACAAGGUACGUGCUCCCAGUUUGAAACUCAUUCCUGGUGCUAGGAGAGUUUGUAUCAAUGGGGAUCCACCGAGGAGGUCAAAUAACAGACGGGGUCUACAUCGUGUAACAAACUUGCUGAGUCCAGAGCACUUCCAAACAUUAUCUAUCCGGUUAUCAGAUGUGCUGGAUGAUAUUGGCGCCGGAAAAUGCACUGUAAUGGAGCGGAGAGAAACAUAUUUGAGGAUAGAGAGCAUGAUGAUAAUAGGGCGACAAAUAUCAGGAGGCUGUCACAUUGAAGGUUUCCAUUUCGGGAGCCAAUCUGAAGGCAGCACCACUCCCGGUCUCAAUUCUGAUAUUGAUUUUCUACAUACUGCCUUAGAUGUGAACAUCAUGACAGACUUGAGAGACUGGGAGGCUGGGAUGGGGAACCUUCUAAUGCGUAUAGACGACUUCACUCCACCUCAACAGUAUUUGCUACAAGUCAUACACACAUACACACCGGAACCGGUGACCAGUUUUGCCAAUGACUUGUUUGUAAGGAAAGAUUCUGGGGAAGUACUAUUAAGCUCAGAAAGAGUGAAACAGCAAUCAGAGCAAAAGUUAUCAAGUCUAGGAGAGAUCACCAAAAAUGGACCUUCUGUGAGUUAUGUUCCCAACUGGGAUAUUGUAGAGGCAUUUCAUGUCUGCAAGCCUCUUCCUGAAAUACAGCACUGGAUAGACAGAUGUAGAGGCAGACAUUGGCCGCCUGCCAAAUUACUGGAGGCUGCACGACGAUGUCCGAUUUUCCUGGUACCUGCAGGACAUCCAGACAGUGAUUACAAGCGCGAAGAAUGGCGCCUGUCUCCGAACCUUAUUGAACGAAUGUUAAUGUUUAGUUUGAAUAUGACACAAAUAAAAUGUUACAUUUGUCUGAAAAUAAUUAAAAAAGCCUUACUUAAUAAAAUGGUUGGGGAUUGUACCACAAGUUUUCAUUGUAAAACUUUAAUGUUCCACACCAUUGAAAGAGCACAUCCUUCUCUGUGGAAGGAACAUAACCUCAUGUUUCUACUUUUACUUUGUUUACAAGUAUUAAGAAAAUGGCUGCGACUGGGAAGCCUCCCUCAUUAUAUCAUAGAAGGAGUGAACUUGUUCGAUGGGAAACUAGUUAUGGCGCAACAGAGACGCCUUUUACAGUACGUGAACUACUUGAUAAAGAACAACUUGCACGAUUUAUUUCAUAUAGAUAUAGAUAAAUUAGGAUAUCGGUUACAAGCGUGUGAUAUUCGGAAGAUCGGACAAGAUACCGAAUGGGAACUGGGACCUGUAUGGUUACGUAAUGGUGUAAGUUUAUUUCUGAAGUUCGUGUACUUGCAAAGAUUUAUUAUAGAAUUAACAUUAAUAAUAUCUCGGAUACAGAGUUCGAAUACAAACUUCCUGCAAGGUAUACACAAUAAAUUACGAGCUGUUGUUGAACACUCAAAAAAUUGCAAAUUGACAACCGUUGCUUUCGACUUUAUAAAUCACCUGUUUGAAUUACACAAUUCAGUGCAAUCAUCAACGUGUUUGCGACUACCAAACCCUGCUUUUAUCGAAAUUAUACGCCGCUUCCAAUAUUCCUUCAAAACGGAUGUCGUUUCUAGCCGCUUAAAGUUGGCUUCUGUGCUAUACUGCUUUGGACAUCUUCACGCGGCAAUUAGAGUGUUGAAUGAUGCGGAGAGGAGGUAUCAUAGCAAGGUCAAGACUGUGUGUGCAGUUAGACAAUUUCCUGGGGAAAUCGAUCUUCAUGUAUUUGCUAACAUGAUGUCAGAUAGUUGUGACAACGUACUAAUUGAAAUACCAUUCGCAUUCUGUGUCAGUUUUAUUAGACAAGAAGCGCACUGCGCCCCAUACAUAUUGUGGUUUGAAAUGAAUCGCGGUAUGACUGAGGAGGAAGUUGCACAGAGAAAUCACAAUGACAAAAUAUGGAUGGACAAUGCUGAGGUAUCUGCUCGUCCUUUCCUUUACUAUCUACAGUAUCUCGCGUAUGGAGGACUCGGUAAACGCAACAGACAGCUUCAUGCACUUGGAAAACUCAAGUAUUAUAUACUUGAUCCAAUAAAUAAUUUCAAAAUUCAUCACUGUGAGACAGCGCACAAUUUGCUUGGUCACUGUUAUGAAAUGGAAGGCGACUAUGAAACGGCGCUAGAUAUCUACGUUGCAUCGUUGCAUUGGUGGAAUACGAACAAUGCCGCGACCUGGCACAGACAGCGUGUCCAGCGCCUAAUGAAUAAUUUAGAAUGAUAUUACAACUUUUAAGUGUGCAAAAACGAUAGCUAGACGUAUGUGUAAACAUAUCACUCUGUUUAUCAGUUAGUUCUUUGAGUUUAACAUUGUUAUUGACUAUAAAUUUCAGCAGCAUAUUUACAAACAAUUAUACACGUUAUACUUUUUUGUUUGCAUUAUAAUAGGAAUUUAUCAUUAUUCGAUGCUGAUUAAGAAAAUUCCAAGUAAGUGGAUAUUAAGUUUAUUUAGAAAGAAAACCUGAACCACGAG